AUGGUGACGGAACUUAGAGCUUUAGCUCAAGGAUCAGAUUCUAAUGAGACGCCACAGUUAGUUACACUGAAUGAAGGUCGUCCACCACCUCGUACGAAUUCAAGUUACUUAAAUAAUGAGUUAACCGGGCAUUCAGGACGUCGUAAUACCUGGCGUAGCAAUUCGAGUAGAAAUUUGCAGAAGUAUAGUAGUGGCGGAUUUAAUCGGACAUAUAAACCUGUAACUAAUUCGCAUAUUGGAUAUGGGACCCCAGCACGCGAGCCGGUGUAG